UUUAUUUACGGUGUUCGCGUCAGCUCGAGGGGGUUUUACGUGUUUGCGAAGACCUUGCGGGCCGGGUUGCGCGUUCGCUUGAGAAAUGUUUAUUUCUAUAUAAACGAAUGGCGACUGACGGUGUGUAUCACUGCAGCUGCUGACGCCGGAACAAGCCGUGGAGCAAAAUCAAUACAUUUUUGCAUUUACAAGAGCAAGUCUAUAAAAUGAAGUAUCUUUUCGGUUUAACGCUCCUCAUAGGGACAUACUUCUCCGUCACAUCUGCGUUACCACCAUGCGUUUGCACGAGAGAUAGAAAGCCCGUCUGCGGCUCCGAUGGCAUAACAUACAGCAACAAAUGUCUAUUAGACUGCGCGCGUUCCACCAACCCUGAUAUAACUCUAGCCAGAACAGGUGCGUGCGAGAGAAACGAACCCGCAGGAUCUAAUUGUGUUUGCACUUACGAUUAUAAACCAGUAUGCGGUACAGAUGGGGAGACUUAUCCCAAUUCCUGUUCUCUUAAGUGCCGACAAACGGAAAAUCCAGGCCUUGAUAUAAGUCAUAGAGGAGCAUGCCGGAACAACCGGGAAGUUGAAAACUCUUGCGUCUGUACUCGCGAAACUAAACAAGUGUGUGGCACUGACGGGAUCACUUACAAUAACCCAUGUCUGCUGGACUGUGCCCGUGAAUCAAACCCUGACCUUCGCGUUCUCCAUGCUAGCCCGUGUGAGGAAGAAUUAAUAAUUGAACUGCCAAAGCAUCGCCCCUGCGUCUGCACAAGGAAUUUGCAACCUGUCUGUGCCUCUAAUGGUGUUACUUACAGCAAUAAAUGUAUGAUGGAAUGCGCGGGAAUUCACCUGACAGUAAAGAGUUUUGGUUCUUGCGAAGACUCGUAAAUAUUUGUUUAAGUGAUGUAAACCAGAAUUAAUCAUCAGAGUACAAAUAUAGAAAAGAGUACAUUACAAAGAUUAUAAAAUUGUGAUGUAAAUUUUACGAGCAAGACUAAAAUGUCAAAGAGCGCUUGCCAAAUUUUUGUGGGUGUUUAAUUUAUCUUUUUUUUUUUUAUUUGUGCAUUAUAAGGCUUUGUGUUGCGAGAAUGUGAUGAGGUAUGAGAGAUGAAUAUUUUGUUUGGAAUUCGACAUCUAUUGUUACACUCGGAGCUUUAUUUAUUAUUACUUUACAUUUUUGUGCUGGACUUUCAAACCUCUCUUAUCGUGUUAGGUUUUUGCACUUAUGUAAUGCAAGUUAUGUAAGUAAAUGAAUGCUAGAUUUACUUUAUAAAAUCUAAUUGAUUUUAAAUACAAUUAAAAAGUGUAUUUCGGUGCAAACUAUGCUGCAUUGUUAUUAAUUUUUUCAACGAAAUAAAUCUUUUGUAUAGAUACGAGCGUACGUAGGUGCAAGCACCCUACGUGCUUGUUGUUUGGAACUUACAAUGUUAAAUUAUUUUAACUGUAAAUUAUAAACCUUUUUAUUAAAAAUAUUUUGUUGGAAGAUAAUCAGAUUUUUUGACCUUAUAAAUGUGUAACCACUGAAGAUAAAGCGAUAAAACAAACAGUAAGUAAAUCUCUAUUU